AUGCUAGUGUCUACAAAUAAUACAUCAAAAAAUUAUAUAAUAGAAAACACCACAAGAAAUGAGGAUUAAAGAACAAUUGAAAGACUAAGACUUCUUUUGAAAAAUGCAAUUCAGGUAUACCAAAUAAUAUAUGUUAAUAAAUCUAGCUUAAUGAUGAAUUGGAAAAGAAAAAUGCUUUACUCCUUUAUAGAAUAGAAUAAUAAUAAAAUUAAUCUUAAUAAUCUAUAUAAUAAGAGGAUUAUAAACAUAAGAUUGCAAAACUUUAAAAUCAACUUUCAGAAGUAUAAUCAGAAAAUCAUCAUUUAUAAUAAAGUUUGAAAAAUCUAAAAUAAUUAGGUAUUAUAUACCUAGUAUGAAUUUAAAGGAAAUUAAAAUAAUUAGAAAAAUUUUGAGUUGAUUCUAUAAGAUUGUACAGUCUCUUAGAUAGAGAAAUAAUUUUAUGAAUUCUUUGAAAGAUCAUCAGCUAUUCUAUAAGAACAAAUGAUUUUAGAAUUCUAAAACAUAUUAGAAAAAUAUUAAACAAAAUAUUAAAUAGUGGAGAUUCAUAAAAUUACAAGCUUAACAAAUCUAGAUAAAACUAAAUUUAUAGAAUCAUAAUAGAAAGAGAUUGAUAUUCUAGAGUCAAAAUUAAAUAAUACAGAAAAAGAACUUUGUGAUCUUAAACGUAUAUAAAUUUAAUAGAAUUUUAGGUGUUUUAGAAUCAUUUUAAUAAUAAUAGUCAAUGAAAUAAAGCUAAUAAGAUUAGGUUCAUGAUUUUUUCAAUUCAAACUAAUUUGAAGUCUUUACUUCUAGAUUAAAUAAUAGUUAAAGAAUUGAUGAAUGCUUGAGUAAUGAUAAAAGGUGGAUAGAUAUAGAUAAUAAUAAUUAGAUUAAAACAGAUGAGAGAAAACUAAUCCAAUAUGAAAAGAUCAUAGAUGAUCAAAAAUAAGAGAUAGAGAAUCUUCAAAAUAAAGUAUUAAAUUUAUCCAAAGUACCAUUUUUAAUAAAUUUUAGAAAAAAAAUUAAUUAAAAUAAUAAAACUAAGAACUUUCAGCUGUUUUAUAUUAAUAAGCAGAAACCUGUUAAAGAAUUAUAUCCAAUUUACAAGCAAAAGUAGAAAAAUAACUUGUAUAGAUACAGUAUUACUCUUCUAUGCAAUAGAUGAGAUCUAAACUAAAUUAAGUAAAAUAUCAAAUUCUAUUACAAAAGUAACCUUCUUAGCAUAGUGUAUAGAGUAGUUAAUAGAUAGACAUAAGAAAAAAAUUCACAUACCAUUCUCCAAAUACAAACAAUUCUCCAGUUUCAAUUGCUAAAUUAUAAACAAAUAACAGAUCUCUUAAGAAAGUAAGAAAUUAUAAUAAUAUUUUAAAAGCAAGACUCCUCUAAUGAUUAGACAACUUGGAUGAUCAAAACAACAGAUGCAUCAUUAGUUAAGAAAUUAGAUAAAAAGGAUUCUUAGUCAGAGAGUACAACUGAUUAGGUUACAAAAUCUACAAAAUUGUCAACUCAUUUAUAAGAGGUUAAGAAAUCUCUUGAUUAGAUGGCAAAUGGAAUUUGUUAAUAAAAAUUUCUAAAGGGAUAUUAUUUUGUAUAGAAUAAGCCAAUUUUAACUUUAGAUGAUUUUUGA